AUGUCCGACACUGUAAAGUUGCUGCCCUGCUCCACCAAGGAUUUGUCUUCGCAGGCGCCAGUGCUACGCAUUUCCAUCGCGCGAUUGCUGCUCGUUGGCUUCGCUGUGCCGCCCUUCGUCUUGGCUUAUAUGAUUGUCAAAGUGAUGCUCACUGACUUCGAACACGCCACCUACACUGACUGCCGAGUGUUGAAUGCGCUGCCAUCCGUCUCGGCCAUAUCCCGAUCCCAACAGCUUGGCUGGAAGCUUGUCACCUGGAUGCUGCUGCCGUUGCGUGCGCUUAUCAUUGUGCUCUAUUGGCGCUACUAUCGCAAGGUGUUUAGACGUGCCUACAUGCUGCAGUGGCUUAUCUUGUUUUUGUUUGUGUACGAAACCCUCAGCACUGUGUUCAUGGCACGCUGGACACACAUCUCUGGCGAUGAGAGUAUUCACAUGAUAGUCGUCUGCUCAAUUUGGUUGGCCAGCUUUGGAUACAUUGGCGCAUCCUUUCUGUGCUUUAAACGGCAUUGCACUCGCUUUGCUGUGGAGCCGCAUCAGCAGUUAUCCUACUUGCUGAAGAGGAAGUUAGUAAUCUUUUAUUAUAGCGGCACCUUGGCCAUGUGGUGCUGCUAUCCGCUGCACACAAUGUUCUGCCUACCUCUGGCUUACACCGGAUUUGCUUUGGCCGAAUACGUCGUUAGCUGGUCGCUCAUGGGCUAUCUUUGGACCUCGGCGAUUGACUUUUAUCCGCUUUAUCUCUGUCGCAAUGAGCAGCGAGGCUUCUUUUUGAUCUCUACAUGA